AUGCACCGCUGGCUGUCACGCCUGUGGCUCUUGCUUGCUGUGCUUCACUCCAUCCUUGCCUGGGCAUGGACCGUCAGGACGGGCGCUUACUCAGGUCUAUAUGGUCUCCAUACUAUGCAGUUCUGGAUAUGGGGAUUUGUGGCCACGGUCCUGACUAUUGCCAUUAUCUUGGUCAGCGGCACGAAGAUUCGCCAAUGGUCUUACAACAUGUUCAUCGUGACACAUGUUGUGCUGGCUGCUGUGCUCUUAGUCGGCUGCUAUUAUCACGUUUGGUUGAUCCCAUACGGUAUUGCUCGCUACUACAAUGUCGCACAAGACUGGGUAUACAUUGCCAUAGGGGCAUGGGGCUUCGACCGUUUGCUACGUCUCGCCCGCCUGGCCUCCAACGGCGUCCGUAGAGCCAACGUCACCGAGAUCGGCAACGACAUUGUCCGAAUCGACAUUCGAGGUGUUCGAUGGAUCCCGGAGCCAGGCAAACACCUCUACGUCCACUUUCCUACUCUGAACCCUCUUCGACCAUGGGAGAAUCAUCCCUUCUCAUGGGUCUCGACUUCCCUUCUGCAACCACGUCAAAGUGACCCAAGCCAUGACAUGGAGAAAGCGCAUGGCUUUGGUGGCGCGGACAGACAGACUCCACUCGUGACGGAGCUCCUCCCCACCAGCGAGAGCGACUCCGACGGCAACUCGGAGAAGGCCCCUGAAGCCCUCCCCAGCAGCGGCAGCGAGUCGGACAUGAGCGUCAGAAAACCUCGCAGCACACCUGCGAAGAUCAUCAACCCUGGCGCCGGCAUCACCCUCUUCGUCCGAAAGUCCAAAGGCACCACAAGACUCCUCAAAGCCAACACCAACCUCCUAACCCUCCUCGACGGGCCCUACCACAACAACAAAUACAAAAGCGUCCUCCGCACCGAUCGGCUACUCCUCAUCGGUGGCGCCAUCGGCAUCUCCGGCCUUCUGCCAUGGCUGCGCACACACUCCAACGUCAAACUGGCAUGGAGCGUCACAGAGUCCUCGCGAAGCUUGGUGGAGUCUUUAAGUGAUGUGCUAGCAGAUGUGCCAGAGAAGGAUAUCAAGAUUGGCGCGAGGCUGGACUUUGCGAGGAUCUUGCAGCACGAGGUGGAGUCGGGGUGGGAGAAGGUGGGGGUGGUGCUUUGUGGGCCUAAUGGGUUGUGUGAUGAUGCGAGGGUGGAGGUUAUCGAGGCGGGUAAGGCUGGGAAGACGGUGUUGGAGUUGUCGGUUGAUGCGUAUUCGUGGUAA